AUGGCGCAAACCCUUUUGGACAUAUUCUACUCUCUAUCCAAUUGCAUAUGCUGUUUUCCGGGUACACCGCAAUUGAAAAUCAACAACAGAAGCUUUCGCAUGCUGCGACUGCUUGGCGAGGGCGGCUUCUCCUAUGUCUACCUAGUCCAAGACACCUCCGACUCGGCACUGUACGCGCUCAAGAAGAUCCGGUGUCCAUUCGGGCAAGAGUCGGUGUCGCAAGCGUUGAAGGAAGUGGAAGCAUAUACUCUCUUCGCUCCACACCCCAACAUCAUCCGCAGUAUUGACCAUGCGGUCCAGAACGACUCGACCACCAAAGUCUCUGGCAUAGGGAACGAUACGUCCGGGUCGGCCAGCAAGACCGUCUACAUCCUUUUACCGUAUUACCGGCGAGGCAAUCUCCAGGACAUGAUCAACGCGAACUUGGUCAAUCACACCCGCUUCGGUGAACGAAGACUGAUGCAGCUAAUUCUGGGCGUCUGCAAGGCCCUGAAAGCGAUGCACCAGUACCGAGUGCGCAACACUCCCUCACGGUCCGCAGCCAAGGCCGUGCGGGAUGAAGCAGCCAGCGAAGACCAAGAUGCGGCGCGGAGGAAAAUGCGAGCGCAGAAACGGACCAUGACGGCCGACCAAACACAUCAAGACGAACUGGCAGAGGAGCAGGAGGCGCCACUAAUGCCGGACGACGAGGUGACACGAGCACAGGAAGGGAAACAGCCCGGAGAGACCCGGGCGUACGCCCAUAGGGACAUCAAGCCCGGGAACAUCAUGAUCGACGACGAUGGACGGACGCCCAUCCUGAUGGAUCUGGGCAGUCUAGCCCCGAGCCCCACGCCCAUCACAUCACGGUCCAUGGCCAUCGCCGUGCAGGACACGGCGGCCGAGCAUUCCACCAUGCCAUACCGGGCGCCCGAGCUGUUCGACGUCAAGACCGGCAGUGUCAUUGACACCAAAGUCGACAUCUGGUCGCUCGGCUGUACCAUGUACGCCUGCCUGGUGGGCAAGUCGCCGUUUGAAGCCCGCUCCGACGAGACCGGCGGCUCGCUGAGCAUCUGCGUGCUGAGCGGCGACUGGCGCUGGCCCGGCGAAGGAAACGCCACCAAGGGCAAAGACAAAGCCCAGCCCGCCAACGGCAAUGCCGGCCAAGCUGCGGCCUCGUCGGAGAGGAUCUACCCGCACCCCGCGGCGCGAGAGGUAGUCAGACGCUGUCUACAAGUCGAACCGUCGGAGCGGCCUGACGUGGACGAGCUCAUGACUCUGAUCGAUACGUGCCUGAGCGAAUUGCCCGAGGACGACGACGAAGGCGUGCGUGGUGAAGGCGAGUGA